AAUGGUCGGUAGAGACUCCCGAUCACCGCCGCACAACCGUAACCGCCGAUCACCACGAGGAUCCAGGUCACCGAGAUCACCUCACAGUGACCACUGGGAUCGGUCAACAUCUCACAGGUCCCCGUCACGGAGACCAGACUCCAAAACCUACAGGAGGUCACAUUCUCAAGAAUACAAAAACCAAAGAUCAGAUUCUCAAGAAUACAGAAACCAAAGAUCGCAUUCUCAAAAUUACAAAAACCAAAGGCAUGACUCCCCAACGCUGGGUUAUAGCAGCACCAAUAACAAGUCCCGCUCACCUCCUCGACGGAAUGGAUCACCCCACUAUAACCCUAGGAGGUCCCCUAGAAGAUCACCUAGAAGAUCACCUAGAAGAUCACCUAGAAGAUCACCUAGAGGAUCCCCUAGAAGAUCCCCUAGAAGAUCCCGAUCUCCAGACAGGAGAGACUAUCAUGGCCGGUCUUCUGACAACUAUCAUGGCCCGUCUAGAUCACGCUCACCCUCACAGAGGAGCGACAAUUCAGAGUUCUACAACAGGAACCAUCCAGCCUUUUCUGAAGGUCAAGAGAACUCUUCUAACACCCGGAACACGUCGGCUGGGGACACGACCCGACCAGACACUAACUUCAGGGACCAACCCCAGAGUUUCUCAGAGCACCGUGCUGGGAGAGAUAACCCCAGUGAAGCUAGCGGAUUAGCCAACAAUUUCCAGAAUGAUGGCUCCUUCAUGGAGAUGUUCAAGAGAAAAAUGGACGAGAAGAAGAAAGAAGAGGAGGCUACACAGCAAACGUCCGAACAAAAGACGGUGAAGAAGUCCUUACUAUUCCGGAAAAUUCCUCAGAAGAAGGCCAAGCCACUGGUUACGGGCGUUAAAAAGGCACAGAAGAAGCCGGAGGCAGCUAGUAACAGCGCGUGGGAGGCGUACAUGAGGGAGGUGGAAGCGUACAAGACGAACAGCUGUGCUGAUGAUGACAGGUUCAGCAGACCCCUCUGCAAGUGAUCACUAUUUACCACCUUGGUGUUACCACCUGCAACACCCUGGUGUUACCACCUGCAACACCUAGGUGUUACCACCUGCAACACGUAGGUGUUACCACCUGCAACACCUAGGUGUUACCACCUGCAACACCUAGGUGUUACCACCUGCAACACCUUGGUGUUACCAGCUGAAACACCUUGGUGUUACCACCUGCAACACCCUGGUGUUACCACCUGCAACACCUUGGUGUUACCAGCUGAAACACCUUGGUGUUACCACCUGCAACACCCUGGUAUUACCACCUGCAACACCUUGGUGUUACCAGCUGAAACACCUUGGUGUUACCACCUGCAACACCCUGGUGUUACCACCUGCAACACCUUGGUGUUACCAGCUGAAACACCUUGGUGUUACCACCUGCAACACCCUGGUGUUACCACCUGCAACACCUUGGUGUUACCAGCUGAAACACCUUGGUGUUACCACCUGCAACACCUUGGUGUUACCACCUGCAACACCUUGGUGUUACCACCUGCAACACCCUGGUGUUACCACCUGCAACAUCUUGGUGUUACCACCUGCAACACCUUGGUGUUACCAGCUGAAACACCUUGGUGUUACCACCUGCAACACCCUGGUGUUACCAGCUGAAACACCUUGGUGUUACCACCUGCAACACCCUGGUGUUACCACCUGCAACAUCUUGGUGUUACCAGCUGAAACACCUUGGUGUUACCACCUGCAACACCUUGGUGUUACCACCUGCAACACCUGGGUGUUAUCACCUGCAACACCUUGGUGUUACCAGCUGCAACACCUAGGUGUUACCACCUGCAACACAUAGGUGUUACCACCUGCAACACCUUGGUGUUACCACCUAAAUAGUUAUGAAGAUAUUCGGAACAGGAAACCAGAGACAAUACAAUUAUCCUGUGCUGUCUUGAAGCAUUUGAUUGUUUUAUGAUUUCCCACUUCGCAGCUUGAAGGUAAGUAGAUAGCAGUCAGAGAGAUUCCUAAUAUUAGUAAACUAAUUAUUAGUAUUACAGCUGAUUAUUAGUAUUACAGCUGAAAUUAUAAACUGUGAUUUCCUAUUACUCGAACUACAUUAUUUCGCUGCCCAAUGUUUCAAACAGUAGGUAAACAUUACCCACAUGGCAUGUUACCAUAGUAACUACUAGUUGUAUAUCCUGACUUACUAUUUAAUAAUAGCUAUAGAGAGGGGGUGUCUCCCCGCUAUAUACUAUAUAGGGAGGAGGUGUCUCCCCGCUAUAAUAUACCUCACUUCUCUUUUAGAAGCUCUUUUGUACCAUUUUUAACGUGUGACUAAAACGUUCUUGAGUGAAUCAUUUUAACCGUUUUUAAAUGUACGCCAGCCAAGGGUGCACUUUAAAGUGCGAUCAGCAGUGCACAGUGGGUGCUGAUUCAGCACCUGCUGUGCACUGUGCACUGUGCACUGUGCACUGUGCACUGUGCACUGUGCACUGUGCACUGUGCAGUGUGCACGUUAAUUUUGUCUUUGUUUGAACCGGGUUAAUCUGAACGUUUUUCUGUAAUUGCGGUUAAUAUUUUAAUGUAUUUUGUUUAUACAUUAACCUGUUAUAUUUUUAAGUUAUUAGAUUUGCAGAUUUUAAUAAA